AUAUCGCUUUGAAGCGAACGAUUUGUGCUUCAUCAAUAUUCUAUUGAAAAUAAAGCAGAAAUGUGACGAAGAAUAAAUACCGGUGCAUAGCCGGUCGUGGCACUUUGUCAGAAGAGGAUGGUGACGUGUACGGUCCGAAAACAUAGCUGGAUAUGCUCAACCACCCCAGUUAAAUUUGGCACAAUCUCUAGUAUAGUGUAAAAAAGUUGCAUUGUACCCCAUUACUGUAUAUAUAAAUAUUUAACUGUGUUUGGUUGUUUCUGGAUAGAGCUUCUAUAACUUCUUAACAAGAAGACAGUAAAAUACUUUGGGAUUUUCAUCAAUUUCUAUGAAUAUUUUAUACCAACUCUUUUGUAACAGUACAAAACAAUAACAGUAAUUGAAAAUAUAUUUCGAAAGUUGUUUUAAAAAUAAAGAGACCAGUGACGGAGUAUAAGAUGUUGUUGUCAUUACUGACUUCAAUCGAUAUACAAAGCUUUUAGGUUUAACAUUCGAGACUAAAAACCUAAUCUCUAAUCUACAUUAAUAUUUUGAUUCAUUUCUGUUUUGAGAGUUAUCGUCGAAAUUAUAUAACAAUGGAAAAUACGACAACUAAUUACAUAAGAACAGCACAUUGCGGAUUUAAACAUAUGAAUGCACCAAGAGUAACAUCAGCAAUAUUGACAGCUGGUAUUGUGGUUGAAAACAGUUUGCUUUUAAUAGCUAUAGUAACACACUGGAAGAAAUUUCACUCAAAUCUAUACAGAUUUGUUGCUUCACUUGUGUGUGCAGACUUGUUCUUUGGCUUGUCAAAUUUUGCCGUUGUGAUAAUGCAAACUACAAAUGCCGGAUUAGAUAUUGUUUCAAUGUUAAAAGCUGUUUCCUACGCAUCAUUUCUCGUGUGCAUAUUGAGCAUGACACUUCUAAAUAUUUCUGUCAAGUCAACGUAUAUAAGAUCAUGUGAGAUAAUGGCUCAAGCAUAUCCUGACCGAUCUUGGACAGAAAUUCUUACUCUCAUUUCAAAUUUUUUCAGAAAAACACAUCAGGUUAAACGAAUGAUUAUCAGUAUUUGGUUACUUCUCCCUAUUUUCACUUUGGUUGGUGUUAUGACAAGAUGCACAGAAGAAGAGCAUGAUUGCAUGGACGGUUGUUCGACUAUGGUGAUUGAUUCAAGUGGAGAAGAACAAAGAUUAUGCAAAAUCACUUCACAUUGCUCGAGUUUUAUGGCUCCAUUAUCGUUUCCUUUUCUCCUGCUCACGAACGCAACAUCUUGGUGUGCACUUGGCAUUUUGGUGGCUAGUACUAUAUAUGUUGUAUUUUUUAAAGUGAUUAUUACGCCAAAACCAUCGAUUGAUCGGGCAAAGCCACUUCCUGGCAUCGAAAUUACGACAACGGAUGGAUAUAAAGAGAGAAUCUCAGGAAAAAAUUCUCCUGCGUUUGAACAUACUUUAAAAUAUGAAGAAAGUGAAAAUAAUACAUGGGCUGAAUCGUCAUUUGUUUCCAGACAACAAUUUGGAUUCAACAACGAUUUCAUUUCAAAAUUCUCUCUUGCUGUUACCAUCCUUCAGUUUACAAUUUGGUCUAUUCUCACUACGGUCACACUUCGAUCAUUUUUUGCACAAAAGCAGCUUCUGCCAUAUCUCUACGUGCAGAUUUACACCAAUAUUUUUACACUUCCAAGUCUUGCUAAUCCUUGGAUAUGCUUCUUUACAAUGACCAAAUUAAAAGAUGCAGUCAUAGCAACUUUUUUUAAACACAGAUGCCGAUUCAGGAAGCGACGCGUCACCAGUACAAUGGCAAUCCAAAUCAAUUCAUCCAACACAUAAUGUGAAUGUAGUUGUAAUGAAAAAGCUUUGAGGAAAAAUAGGGCUAAUUCAUCAGGCUUGCAACUUAAAAUGAAGUAAAUGUCAUAUGUUUUGAUAUCGUCUUUUUGCAUUAUUUUAGUAUUUUGUAAUACUCAAAUUUAUUGAAAAUUAAAACAAAGUUUUGAAA